AUGGCAUAUGGUGUUCCGGCAGAUUACAUUGAUGACAACUUGGCGAUGGCAGAGAGCACUUCUAUCUUCUAUGUCAAGCAAUUUGCAAUAACUAUGGUAGAAGUGUUCGGUCCACAGUACUUGAGAGCACCCAAUGCUCAGGACACUCAGAGGCUUUUGGAGAUGAACAAAGCUCGAGGGUUUCCAGGUCGUGGGAAGGAUGCCACUAUCAUUCUUGAGGCAGUUGCUGAUUAUGAAACAUGGAUUUGGCAUGCAUAUUUUGGUAUGCCCGGGUCUUGCAACGACAUCAACGUGCUCGACCGGUCACCUCUCUUUGCCAACUUAGCAAAUGGAGAAGCACCACCGGUGACCUUCGAAGAAAAUGGCCGCACCUAUAACUAUGGGUACUAUCUUGCAGAUGGGAUCUACCCGAGGUGGAGUACAUUCGUCAAGCUGGUUGCAACACCUCAAGGUAUGCAGGAGAUUGACAAGAAGAAUCUUCUUACUGGAAGGUGCGCAUGCUUCAGCAAACGGCGCCGCGAGCUGGCGAAUGCCCCUGCAUUUCUGCGGAUCGUGGCUCCCGGUGAAAAUGAUGCUAAUUCUGAAGAAGAAAAGGAGGAGCCAUGCCCAUGCUGA